AUGGGUCAGUUGGCUAACAUGUUGAAUAAUAGGCCUCAAAGGAUUUUUCCUAGUACCACGGUAGUGAAUCCUAAGGAACAUUGUCAAGCUAUUACUUUAAGGAGUGGGAAGCAAUACGAUGAGCCUACACAAGGACUGAUUUCUGAAGAAAAGGUAGUGGAGGAGCAUAAGAAGGAGAAUGAAUCUAAGGAAGCUUUAGAGCAAAUGCCUAGUUAUGCGAAAUUCAUAAAUGACAUACUUUCUAAGAAAAGGAAGAUGGAAGAAUACAAAACUGUGGCAUUGACGGAGGAGUGUAGUGCUACACUUCAAAGAAAGCUUCCUCCAAAGCUUAGAGAUCUAGGAAGUUUCACCAUAUCGUGCACUGUUGGAGGUGAGGCAAAACCUACCACAGUAACUCUAGAAUUGGCAUAUCAUCAAGUCAAGCAUCCAAAGGAGAUUAUUGAAGAUGUAUUAGUCAAAGUGAACAAGUUUAUCUUCCUAGCUGACUUCAUUGUUCUUAAUAUGGAGGAAAAUGCUAGCGUCCUGAUUAUUCUAGGAAGACAAUUUUUAGCUACAUGGAAAACAUUAAUUGAUAUUCAAAAAGAUAUGCAUUAUUCUAGAGCAAGUGAUAGCAGUUGUACUGUUGAUGUGAUGGAAGGAGCUGUCUCGGUAACAAGUUUAGUUGAUGAUCCUCUUGAACUAAGUCUUACUAUUCCAGUGUUAAAGGAAGCUAGUUAUGAGGCCAUGGACUAUUUAAAUUGGAUUAAUUCUUAUGGGCCUUACUAUAAUAAAAUAUUUGAGGAAUUAGGUGAGAAGGAGACAUUACCUGUUAUAGUGUCUUCAUCUCUUUUUGAUGUAGAAUUGGAGAAAUUGCUAAGAGUGUUGCGAGCUCAUAAGGUGGCAAUUGGGUGGAGGUUGGCAGACAUUAGAGGCAUUAGCCUAUCAACUAUAAUGCACAAAAUUCUAAUGGAUGAUAAUAGCAAGCCUACUAUUGAAGCUCAGAGGAGAUUGAAUCCAUCUAUGAAGGAGGUGUGCUUGGGUGAGUUUGAAGAAGGGAGGCAUGACCGUGUUUAUAAGAAUGAGAAUAAUGAGCUUAUCCCAACUCGUAGAGUGACUAUAUGGAGGAUUUGUAUAUACUAUCAGAAAUUGAAUAAGGCAACUAAGAAAUACUAUUUUCCUUUUCCUUUUGUGGAUCAAAUGUUGUAUAGAUUGGUUGGUUUCAACUAUUAUCGUUUCUUGGAUGGUUACUCUGGAUACCAUCAAAUUUCCAUAGCACCAGAGGAUCAAGAAAAAAAGACAUUUACAUAUUUGUAUGGCACUUUUUCCUUUCAUCGCAUGCCAUUUGGGCUUUGUAAUGCUUCAACGACAUUUCAAAGGUGUAUGGUGGCUAUCUUUUCUGACACGAUGGACGCAAGUAUGGAAAUACUUAUGGAUGAAUUUUUGGUUUUUGGGCUCACUUUUGACGAACGUUUGGAAAACUUAGAGUUGGUUUUGAAGAAGUGUGAAGAGUGUAAUCAGGUGUUAAAUUGGGAAAAGUGUCACUUUAUGGUGAACGAAGGAAUUGUGCUAGGACGCAAAAUCUCAAGUCGUGGCAUUGAGGUGGAUCGGACUAAAAUCUCAACCAUUGAGAAUAUACCACCUCCAGUUCCAGUUAAAGGAGUUAGGAGUUUCCUUGGACAUUGCUUCCAGACAUUCAAAACACUUAAAGAAAAGCUAACUUCAGCACCUAUAGUAGUUGCACCAAAUUGGGAGAAAUCGUUUGAGUUAAUGUGUGAUGCUAGUGAUUAUGCGGUUAGAGCAAUUUUGGGGCAAAGAGUUGACAAGGUAUUUCGCACAAUAUAUUGUGCUAGUAGAACCUUGAAUGAUGCUCAAUUAAAUUAUGCAACUACUGAAAAUGAACUAGUUGCUAUAGUAUUUGCCUUUGACAAAUUCAGACCAUACGUCAUGGGAAAUAAGUUUGACAUGGAGAUUCAUGAUAAGAAGGGAACAAAGAAUCUAGUUGUGGAUCACCUGUCUAGACAAGAGGUGAAAGAAACUGAAGGCACUAAGGAUAUUCAAAUUAAUGAGAGUAUUCUUGAUGAGCAAUAUGCCGAAGGCACGCCGACAGAGCGAUUCGCCGAACCCUUCGUCGUCGGGUUGGAAGCGAAAGACAUGAGACGGUUCCUCACCGCCAACCCUGCCAUGAAAGAGGCGGCGCGCCUUUUCACCGUAAAGAAUCUGAACCGCUACAAGACCUAUACGUUGGCUAUGCGGUUUGUUGACUCAUCUAACAACCUCUCCGUGUCUGCUGCUGAGAGGAACUGCCUUACAGCCCGAGUGCAGGAGCUUGAGGAAGAGCUUAAUGGAACCAAUGCUAAGUUGUCAGAGGUCCAGACCCAAUUUUCCAACUUGUCAUUGAAGAGGAAGGAAAUAAGGGCCAAGACUAAGAGGUUAGAGCAAUAA